AUGCCGGAAGCGGAUAGGAGCUUCGACCCCCGUCACAAACUGUUCGUCAACCGUCACCAAUGGCGGACUUGUGGACUUGGUUGGGACCUUUGCGACCUCAUUGACGACCGUCUAUGCGACCUCUUUGGCGACCGUCUCUGCGACCACAAUGGCGACCGUCUCUUCGACCUCCUUGGCGACCGUCUAUGGAUCCUCAUUGGCGACCGUCUAUGCGACCUCAUUGGCGACCGUCUAUGCGACCUCAUUGGCGACCGUCUCUGCGACCUCAUUGGCGACCGUCUUAUGCUCACAAGAGCACGAGAGGCGCUACGGAAGCUUUCAAGCAUUGGCGCCGCCACGGAUGCAUUCAAGGUCGCCUCGCCGACCGUCGCCAAUGGCGGACUUGACGCCAACGCUUUGGGACCUCCGCGACCUUCUUGGCGACAGUCAUGGCGACCGUCUAUGCGACCUCUUCGGCGACCGUCUCUGCGACCUUGGCGACCGUCUAUGGAGCCUCAUUGGCGACCGUCUAUGCGACCUCAUUGGCGACCGUCUCAUGCUCACAAGAUCGCGAGAGGCGCUGCGGAAGCUUUCAAGCAUUGGCACCGCCACGGAUGCAUUCGAGGUCGCCUCGCCGACCGUCGCCAAUGGCGGACUUUGACGUCAAUGGUUUGGGACCUCGGCGACCUUCUCGGCGACAGUCAUAGCGACCGUCUUGGCGACCGAAGAUGGCCGAGACACGAAAGCUCCGCAGUCACCGAUGCAGUCACGAUGCUCCUGACGCCAAGAAAGGCGGGCGCGGGAGUCAACGGUGGCGGCGGGAGUUCAAGCUACCACGGGGGACUCCUCCUUUCUUUUGCAGGAAAGGCGGGCGCGGGAGUCAACGGUGGCGGCGGGAGUUCAAGCUACCACGGGGGACUCCGUCUUUCUUUGAAAGGCGGGCGCGGGCGGGAGUCAACGGUGGCGGCGGGAGCUCAAGCUGCCACGGGGGACUCCUCCUUUCUUUUGCAGAAGAGGCGGAAGCGGGAGUCAACGGUGGCAGCGGGAGCACAAGCUAUCACGGGGGGACUCCGUCUUUCUUGGAGCGGUGAGCGGGAGACAACAGCGCUGGUGACGACGCGAGAGGUCAACGGCGUUGACCGAUCUUGGACGGCGCUGGCGGGGAGCAACGGCGCUGCCGGGAGCGGACGCCAUCACUUCACGCCUUUCCUCUCCUCUCUUCUUCCAGUGCCCCGUGUCAGGUUGAGAGAUCAGGUGACAAGCACGGGGAUCAGCUUCAACUCGUCUACGACGUUAGACUAG